UCGGUGAUUAGGACUACGGUUCACGGUCGACUUUCCCUGUUGAUACAGUCUUCCCUCCUGUCUCCGCCGCAGAAGUAUUUGCUCAAUGUCUAAAUCGAGGCUUCCCGCGGAACACUUUGCUGUUUGUUCACCACAGAGGUACCCACUACUGCUGUUGCAGCAGUGAUAACGUGUGUGUAUAAUGAACUCUCAGCCCCUUGGUGUAGAUGACCAAGUAGUGCGCUCACUUUCGUUUCCGCUGACCGUUGAUGAUCUCCCAAAUCUCCGAAUCCAGAUUUCCGCUCGAAGUCCACAGACGGAUGUUGUAGUCCACAGCAGUAGGAUGUCUUGA